AUGGCGGUUGCCACAGUUCCUGUGAACACAGUGUGCGCAUGUCCACUGCGCUCACCGCGCAACUCAACCAAAUUUGUGUCCCAGUUCUUAACAAAAUGCUCAUCCUUCGAAUCUCUGCAACUGCGGACCACCCUACCCGCAAGAAAGCUUGUGGUUCGAGCAGCUAGAACCGAGUCCAAAGGGGUCUCUUUGGGCUUCCGAGCUCCCAAUUUUGAGAUUCCAGAGCCACUUACUGGGAACGUUUGGAAACUAGAGGAUUUUGAAUCACAUCCUGCCUUACUGGUGAUGUUUAUCUGCAACCACUGCCCAUUUGUUAAACACCUGAAAAAGGGUAUCGUGAAGCUUGCAAAUUUCUAUAUGAAGAAAGGACUUGCAGUUGUUGCGAUAUCUUCGAAUUCUGUAGCUACGCAUCCACAGGAUGGACCACAAUUCAUGGCAGAAGAAGCUAAGCUGUUCAAAUAUCCUUUUCCAUAUCUAUAUGACGAGUCACAGGAUGUCGCCCGGGAUUUUGGAGCAAUUUGUACACCCGAGUUUUUUCUAUUUAAAAAGGAUGGACGGAGGCCAUUUGAACUGGUGUACCAUGGACAGUUUGAUGAUUCAAGACCUAGUAAUAAUGUGUCUGGACUUGAGCCUGGCAAUAGAUUGUGUUCUCAGUGGCCAACCGGUACCAUCGAUUCAGAAACCAAGUGUUGGAUGCAGCAUAAAGUGGCACCCAGAGAGAAAACUGUGAUAUGCAAAUCUUGGUUUCAAUUUUCUUGA